CGUUGACAUUUCUUAGCGCCCAAAGCUUAUUUUGUGUGGAAUGUCUUGGCUAAUACUGACGAACGGAUUAUUUAACGCUCCGUAAAAAUGGCUGCAACGAUUGCAAGUCAAAACUGCAGACUUCGAAAAAUACAUUGUUAAACUGAAAGUUAAUUAGAAAAACAAAGAAAACGCAUUCGAAAAAGUAUUGAAAACGAAUUGUAUCGACGCGAAUACGCGAAGUAUUGAGUGCGUAAAGUUGAAGGCGGCUGCCUAUAUAUAGAAACUUCUAUAUAUGCACAGAUAAUUGCAAAUAGGUUAAAUAUUUAGUAUACGGAUAUGGGCAAUCAACCGGGUAAACUGCAGACAGUACAAACUGGACGGCCCAAAAAGAAUGUGCAUUGGAAAUCGGCAGAACGACCCUCGCCACCGGGUCGUCCGAUACUGACGCCACAGGCGCUCUCAGAGCAGCAGCCCGAUGUUGUCAACUUGCGUUGGGAUCGCCCGCUGCUGGACGGUGGCUCUCCCAUCACUGGCUAUACGGUUGAACAGCGUCGCGUUGGUUCACCGCAUUGGGUGCGUGCCACGCCCACUCCAAUCGAUCGCUGUGAGAUCCAAAUCAGCGGAUUGGAGCCGGGCUGGCGAUACGAAUUUCGUUGCUUUGCCGAGAACAUUGUUGGACGCUCUGAUGCCAGUGAAUUGUCCGAUCCAUUGACUGUGACUCUGCAAAGGAAUGCGAUUAGUGUACCUCGUUUCGUUGAGGAGCUGGUGGAUAUGAAUGCCGUAGAGGAUGAACGCAUUGAGUUCCGUGUGCGCGUUCUCGGUGAACCACCGCCGGAGAUCAACUGGUUCAAGGAUGGCUACGAGAUCUUCAGCAGUCGCCGCACUAAAAUAGUCAAUGAACAUGAUGCCAGCGUACUCAUCAUACACCAGGUGGCGCUAACCGAUGAAGGCGAGAUCAAAUGCUCGGCCACCAAUCGAGCUGGCCAUGUGGUCACCAAGAGUCGUCUUCUGGUGCAGGCGCCACCCAAGAUCCGUCUGCCACGCACUUACGAGGAUGGCCUUAUUGUCGAGGCCGAGGAAGUGGUGCGUCUCAAGGUGGGCGUAGCUGGUCAGCCACCGCCAGCCAUUACUUGGCUGCAUGAGGGUGAAGUUAUUGUACCUGGCGAUCGAUUUGAGGUGUCCAACACGGAGAAGAACUCACUGCUAAAGAUCGACAAUGUACAGCGGGCAGAUCGUGGUGAGUACAUGGUGCGUGCCUGGAACAAGCUGGGCGAGGAUAUUGCCUCCUUUUUGGUCACGGUGACUGCACGACCGAAUGCGCCUGGUACUCCAAAGCUUAACAUGUCCUUUGGCAAGUCGGCCACGCUGUCGUGGACUGCACCCUUGGAUGAUGGUGGCUGCAAGAUUGGCAACUACAUUGUCGAGUAUUUUCGCAUUGGAUGGAACGUGUGGUUGAAGGCGGCGACGACGCGUGCUCUAAGCACCACACUCCACGAUCUGAUCGAGGGAUCUGAGUACAAGUUCCGUGUUAAGGCGGAAAAUCCUUAUGGACUCAGUGAGCCUUCGCAGGAGUCGGAGCUGCUCUUCAUACCGGAUCCCAAGCGUGGUAUCACCAAACCCAAAUCGGCUACACGAAUUGCCGGCGAUGAAAAGGACAGAGAUAAAGAAAAGGACAAAGGAAAACCGGUGCCUCCAAGACGUAAGACGUUGUCGCCACCGCGUCCACAUGCGGAUGCUGCGACUAGCAUGUCUGCAUCGCCCAAGCAAUCUCCAAGGGGAUCACGAAAACCGACUCCACAGUUGAUCGAUAGUGAGCAACUGCGUCACGAAAUGUCUUACGGUACUUCAGAUCAGGCGCUUAAGAUGACUGUGCGCAAGAGUCCCUCAUUAAGCAGCGCAGACUCAACUGCAGCUCAUAGCAGCCGACCUGGCUCCAAUCCUAAACUCAAUUUAACGCUAAUUACCACAACAGCUUUGGUGGAUAAAGUGGAGCUGGAACAGGUACAGCCUAAGCCAUUAAGGUCCCCAACAGCAACGUCACCGCUAAAAUUGUUCAACCCGAAACCCGCAGUCCAAAAGGAUAAAUCCCCAGGACGUCCAGCGGCAACCAAGCCUCCGCCAUUGUCACAGCCACCUCAAGCAAAACCAGAGCUUUCACCACGUCAGCCUACGCCACUGCGAAAGAGUCCUACGCCACCGGAACCCAUUAAAUCUACGCCUGCCCUGCAGCGUAGUGCUGAACCCGUCACGUUGGGCGUUAAUCAAAAUGUCAGACGUUUCUCGGGCCACGCACUGAGUCCAGCCAAACAUGUGCCGGCGCUGGCCAUUGCUAUAGCCACCACUGCCAAAGUGAGCGAAAAAUUGCCGACAAUUGAGAUUAGUGCUCCACCAGUUCAAUCCCCCGCUCCCGAGUCCCUGGUGCCGGAAACUCCCACAUCGGAGCCAACGCCACCAGUGACGAAGAUGCGACCACAAAAACCAGCAGAUAAACACGACGAGGUCCACACCAGCAACGAGUUUAUGUUGGUGGUCUUCGACAAGAACAGCAAGGUCAAGGACAAAGAUAAGCAAGAUUCCUUCGAGCUGGAACUAGAGGACGCUAUACAACCGCCACCGAUUUCGAUAUCUGCACCCGAUUUGGCCUUCUUGGAGUUUACUAACUUGCACACGACCUUCCCGCUGCGUCGUUCUGUAAGCUCUACGGAGCUGCUCUACGAACGUGCCAUGGCCCGAUUCUAUGAGGCUGUUGAACUGGAACAGGCAUCCAAAACGAAGGGCAAGACAACGGCACCAACACGUGAGAAGGUAACACCACAAGUUAGCGCUCCAGCGCCGACAGCGACGUUCCGUAAGCGCUUGGGUUCCAUGACUGAAGCGGAGCGCGCAUCCUUUGAGCGGCGAAGCGAACUGCGUCGUCAAUCGGCGGACAUGGUGCCAAUGGGACGUAAAUGGGACUCGCGAGAGGACAUUAAUGUAGGUAACACAAAGAACCUCACACGCGCCACAACGGCAUUCCUGUUAUCCGAGCAGCAAAAAGACAGCCGCGAGGAGGAGCAAGAACAAGAACUGGAGGAGGAUGAGGAUCGAACGGAGAGCACAGCCGAAGAUAGUGAGGAAAUGGAGGACAUGGACGAGGAACAGCGACAGGGCUACGAUCUAGGCUCCGACUACACUGAGAGCACAGCGUCGUCAGAGCAGGACUCAAUUGAACAAUUUAAGAGGGAGUUGUUGGCACGCACACGUUCGCCCAGUCCCCGAGACUUGGAGACCUAUCAUCCACGUAACAUGGGUGCCGGAACCUUCACGCCUUACCGAGCUCCGACCCCUGAACAAGCAGCCGUUGUGCUCACCCGUCCAAUGCCGUUGCCAAGUCCUGAUUUUGUGCCAAAGCCUAUAUUGAAGCGCUCCUCUAACGAGCACAUGGAACAGUCUGCUAGUCAGCCCAAUAGUCCCACACCAGAUGGAAAUGGAAACUCGAACACUAACAUCCCACCCAGCUUUGCUCCUGCGCCUAAUGCCAGUAAUCUGAAACUUGAUCUGGCGAAGGGCAUCAAGUCGUUCUUUAAUAGGGAUAAACGCACUGCUACCGAGAAGAAUACCGAGGCCAAUGAGGAGAUAUCCAAUCCGCUGGAGAAAACAAAUGCGGCAGCAAUUGCUGCAGACCUCGAGACAAAACGCAAAGCCAAAGAAGAGGAAGAAUUGCGUCGCCAGGAAGAGCAACGUCUGAUGCAGGAGGAGGCACAUGCUGCCGUUGAUCACUACAGCGAUCUGGUACGUCAGGUGAGCAGCACCCACAAAUAUCAUACGCCCCUCUACCUCGACCGUGAUGAACUAAAACGAGCCGCUGCCCGAGCUGGUGAUGAUGAGGACGAUGAUGCUGGUGCCGCCGAGGAGCAUCAACAACGACGUGCCCAAAGUCCCGAUCACGAUGAUAUGUUGCUGGCACCGCCGACUGCCGGCCGGGAACGUCGUCUAUCCAUAACGGAACGAGAACAGCUUGUCCAUGUACGUGAUAUGGCCAGCAGACAUGCGAUGCACAACGUAAGCAAAACGCCUGAGACGCCUGCGAGCGAUCAAGCACAACUAGAGGAGCCAGAAUACCCCACGGUGUUGGUGGUGCCGCCGCCCAAGUUAAAGAAAAAGCACGCUGAUGAUGCGGAUGCCGUAAACGAAAAUGUAAUGAGCGAAAUUGUUGAAGCGCGUCCCGAUGCACGAGGGCGCACCCGCCUGGUAAAGGUCAAACGGGUAAUUAAACGACGUGUGCCCUCAAGCACACGAUCCCGCGAUGCCUCACUUAGCAGACCACCACCACUGUCCACAGUGGGCAACAGCAUCGUACCCAUGGAUCGAGCUUCGCAAACAGCACUGCUUCUCUCCGCUGUGGAUCGUGAGCUCCUGGAGAAGGCGGCCACGUUGGCGCUGAUGCAGUCGCGAUCUGAAGAGCAAGCCCAUGAGAAGGUGCGCUCUGCGCUCAGCUACUCAACGGAUUUGGUGCUCUUCCUGGUCGCUUGCUAUGUGUAUCUCUUCAAGGACGCACGCCUUGUACUGCCGAUUCUCGCCCUAAUGAUAUAUCGACAGUUGGGCGAGGCUCUGCGGGGUUACAUACCGAGCUGGCUGCGUCGCAAGGGCAACGACGAAGGCACCUAAGAGAUCCGAUCCUGAGUUCGCAAUGCGUUUAUCAGUUAAGUUAGUUCUUAUCAAUCAAUUUAACGACUUGUAUACAACUCUUGUACGUAUUUUAAGCUUAAGUUCUACAAGUUCUGCUCUACGACGAACUUUUUCUAUGAAUAACCCUACGUUUACGGUCCUCAACAAAAUGAAUAGUUAACCGAUCCAACAGAUAUGCAUUAAGUAUUUGCUAAUUUUUUCUAAGUCCGGUUAAGAUUUGUUGAUAUCCAAAAACUGCAAUUUUCAUUGUCCGAUAAAAAAGAGUUUCCCAAUUAUAAUUUUAGCUUUUCCGAAUAUAGAACCAUAUCUGUUCGUAUUAGACUGAUAAUAGAGACUUAUUCUUUAUUUUAUUUAUGUAUUCAAGCUGAAUAUACUUUUUUCUUUCGAUUUUCAAUAACAUAAAUUAUUUAUUUGUCCGAUUGAUUUUACCGUUGUAAUCAAGCUUAAAGUGCAUCCCUAUUUCUGUAACAUUAAACUUAAUAAUCAUAUGUUUAUUUGCUUUGGAUAUCGGUUAUCUAUAUAUAUAUUUCUACGUCUUAUUUAAGGUCGCUUUCGUUGUGUGUUUGUGUCUAGAAUUUAAUGUUAUACUUAUUUACUACAUAUAUCGUAUUGUGUUCGUUUGAGGUUUAUUCGUCGGUCUUCUGGAUUGUUGCUCAUUUACUUUGGAGAAUAAAGCACACAAAAACAA